UUCGUGUCUGAGACUCGAUUGCUCAAGUCUCAAUUCUGCCGAGCUUUUUUUCGAUACCGGCAUCUUUUUUUCCUUCUCUCUCUCUCUCCCCUUCUCUUUCUCUCACUCUUGUCUCGCUUUUAUUUCUCUUCUUGAUCUCAAAAGGAAUCACGGCACAAUGACCGGAGAUCAUGGACACCACCAGGUGGAGUCUGGCUCUCGACUAAAUGAUUCCCACAAACAUAAAGACAAGCAUAAAGACAAAGAGCACAGGCACAAGGACCAUAAGAAAGACAAAGAGCGUGAAAAGCCCAAGUACACUAACAGUGAGCACAGAGAUUCAUCCGAGAAGAAGCACAAGGACCGCGAGAAAGAGCGAGUGAAACACCGGGAGGACAGCAGCGAGAGAUACAAAGAAAAGAAGAGAGAAGAGAAGAUUAAAUCCCACAGCUCUAACGGGAAGCAUAAGCGUGAGAAGGAGAACGGCUAUGUCAGUCACAUCAAAACGGAGGAGGACAACGGCUUCGGCUACUCUCCAAAGCAAGAGAAGACGGUGAAGAGGGAGAGGGAUGAUGACGAAUCCGAGCACAAACCCAAAAAGAUCAAAGUGGAAAAGGAGAAUAAGGUGAAAAAACGGAAGCAGGAGGAAGACUACAAUGAUUAUGAAGAGGAAGAGGACGUUAAGCCGAAAAAGAAAUCGAAAGAUAAGAAAGACGAUACAAGCGGAGGGAAGAAGAGGGGCAAGAAGGAGCCGGAGGAGAAAUGGAAAUGGUGGGAGGAAGAGAGAUACACAGACGGCUCCAAAUGGAGGUUCCUGGAACAUAAAGGUCCCGUCUUCGCGCCUCCGUACGAGAGACUUCCGGAAAACGUCAGGUUUUAUUAUGAUGGAAAGCUCAUGAAGCUGAGCGACUCGGCAGAGGAAGUGGCAACCUUCUUUGCCAAAAUGCUUGACCAUGAAUACACAACUAAGGAUAUAUUUAAGAAAAACUUCUUCAAAGACUGGAGGAGGGAAAUGACCUCAGAGGAGAAGUCCAAAAUUUCUGAUCUGAACAAAUGUAACUUCACUGAGAUGAGCGAAUACUUUAAAGCGCAGUCUGAGGCUCGGAAACAGAUGACGAAGGAAGAGAAACAGAAAAUCAAAGAGGAGAACGAGCGGCUGGUGGGGGAAUACGGCUUCUGCCUGAUGGACAACCACAAAGAGCGCAUCGGAAACUUCCGGAUCGAGCCUCCUGGCCUUUUCCGAGGUCGAGGAGACCACCCGAAGAUGGGCAUGCUGAAGCGGCGCAUUCGCCCCGAGGACGUCAUCAUCAACUGCAGCAAGGACUCAAAGCAUCCCAAACCUCCUCCAGGGUCCAGGUGGAAAGAGGUUCGUCAUGAUAACAAAGUGACAUGGCUGGCAUCGUGGACGGAGAACAUCCAAGGCUCCAUCAAGUACAUCAUGCUGAAUCCCAGCUCACGGAUUAAGGGAGAGAAAGACUGGCAGAAGUAUGAGACAGCACGCAGGCUGAAGAAGUGUGUGGAGAAGAUCCGAGCACAGUAUCGUGAAGACUGGAAGAGCAAAGAGAUGCGAAUCCGACAGAGAGCCGUCGCUCUCUACUUCAUCGAUAAGCUGGCUCUGAGAGCAGGUAAUGAGAAGGAGGAGGGUGAAAGUGCAGACACUGUGGGCUGCUGCUCUCUGCGGGUGGAGCAUGUUAACCUGCACCCUGAGAUGGACGGUCAGGAGUACGUGGUGGAGCUGGACUUCCUGGGAAAAGACUCCAUCCGCUACUACAACAAGAUCCCUGUGGAGAAGAGGGUGUUUAAGAACCUGCAGCUGUUCCUGGAGAACAAGCAGCCGGAAGACGACGUCUUCGACAGACUCAAUACGUCCAUUUUGAACAAACAUCUCCAGGAGCUGAUGGACGGAUUAACGGCCAAAGUGUUUCGUACCUACAACGCCUCAAUCACCUUACAGCAACAACUCAAAGAACUGACUAACCCUGAAGAUAAUGUUCCAGCGAAGAUCCUGUCCUAUAACAGAGCUAACCGCGCUGUUGCGAUCCUAUGUAACCACCAGAGGGCGCCGCCCAAAACCUUUGAGAAGUCCAUGCAGAACCUGCAGGCCAAAAUCGAUGCGAAAAAGGAACAGCUUUCUGCCGCCAAGAAAGAGCUGAAGUCAGCCAAAGCGGACGCCAAGGCCAUGCACGAUGAGAAGAGCAAAAAGGCUGUGGAGACGAAGAAGAAGGCGGUCCAGAGGCUGUCUGAGCAGCUGAUGAAGCUGGAGGUGCAGGCCACCGACCGUGAGGAGAACAAACAGAUCGCUCUGGGAACUUCCAAGCUCAACUACCUGGACCCACGCAUCUCCGUCGCCUGGUGUAAAAAAUGGGGAAUCCCCAUCGAAAAGAUCUACAACAAAACGCAGCGGGAGAAGUUCGCCUGGGCCAUCGACAUGGCUGACGAUGACUACGAGUUUUAAAGAAACCAUGGUGGUUUUAACAAUUUUCCAAGGGUUAGCGUUUAUCCAUCGAGUUCACCGUGUCUGACCGUGUUAAAGCAAAGUGAGGAAACAAAACUGGACGGCUUUCAAAAACAAAACACACACAGAAAUAACACAACCCGAAAACCUUCCCUGUAAACCAUCCGGCUGAUGAAACGACGAGUCCCAGACCUGAGCGUGGAACCCUGAGGAGAACCACGGCCACUUCGCUCCAACACACACACACGUACACACACACACGUACACACACACACACUUACCUUAGGCUGUACACUCGCUUCUGGGGUUUUUAAGCAUCUUAGUCAGGUUUUAGCCGUCGAUGAAUUCUAUAUUUUAAUAUAAGAAAUAAAUCAGAGUUGUUUUAAGAGGCACAUCGGGAAGCGAGCUACGGAAAGCCAUUUACGGGAAAACUCGAGCGUGUUUUUAAACUCCAGCAAGGUGGAUCAUGGAACCGAAUACGUCACCCAGGGAUGCACCAAUCCUCCAGUGUUUUUAUUUUUAUCACCGCUCCGAGAAUCAUCCCGGACCCAAAACCCGGUACUGAGCCUGUGUUUUAUUUGUUUUUUUUUUUUUAAAGGAGUAUAAUCCAAAAAUAUUUUCUUUUUAUUAUGAGUCGCUGAGCCAGGACAAUAACUCGAAGUGGGAAUCUCCGAACAAGACACAGUCUGAAAUUUCCUUCAAUACAAUUUGGAAAAAAAAGUGAUUUUUUUUUUUUUAUUAUUCUCCCCCCCUUUUUAAUAAUAUAUAUAUAUAUAUAUAUAUAUGUAUUUUAAUAAUGCUUUCAAAAAUCUUUUUAAUUAUUUUAAUAUUAAAAAAAUUAACGGUGGUUUAAAACCAACUAUAAUGUACUGUAUUUUAAUGAAAGAAAACGUACACAGAAAUUUACCAUGAAUUUAAAUUUACACUUGUUUUCCUCGGCAUUAAAUUGAUUAAAACAUUUUUUUUCCCCUUAUUUAAAUGUAAAUAUAAUAAAUCCUAAUCCUACUUUUUAUUCCAAUGAAAUAAAAUAAUAAAAUAUUAAUCCAUAAACACAGGAGAGUUUCUCAGCUUCAGAUCUUGUAUAUUUUUUUUUUAUUAUUAAACCUUAACAGUUUUAUUUUAUUUUUAUUUUUUUUCUUUCUCGUCCGGAUUGGUGCAUCCCUACCACUCUUUUAUUUUCGGGAUUUUAUUAUUAUUAUUUGUUUUUUUGGUGUUUUUUUAAAAAAAAUAUAUUUAGUUUCUGUUUCUAUCAGGGAUGUACAUUUCAUUCGUGCAAAUAUGUGAAAGGGGCGACGUUCGUGUUAACGCUGACGCUGUAGUGAAUUUUCCCCUUUUUUUCCUGGUUUCUUUUUAUUUCUGUGCAGAAUGAUUUAUAUUUUUUUCUCUCAGCAGUACAGUUACUACACACUUACUUGAAACAUGGCUGGGUGAGACGUACACACACACACACACACACACACACACACACACACACACACACACACACGUGGUGAUGAACAUGAAGAACUGGUUUCUCUAUAUAUGUGAGAUGCAAUUUUUUUGCCAAAUGAAUAGAGAUGUGUAUGAAAUGCAGUGUACAAUGCGGAAGAUGGGGGUCUUCUUUGUAAAGAAUUAGGAACAAAAGUGUCGGAAGUUAACUUUUUAAUGUGAGGCUCUGCACUUAUUUAUAGCUGUUAGAACGUGUGCUAAAGCUAACUUCAACAUUUUUACCACAUUUAGCCUUAAGCAAUCAUGUUUUAUUGUUUUUAAUAUCAAUAUGGGGUUUGUUUUACAAAUAAUAAAACCAUGACACUUUUCUUAUUCUCUCCUUUUUCUUUCACAUUCUCGCGUUCAUUCAUCCUGAUGUCUUGCUUUUGUGUAUUUUCUGUUUUCAGAAUUUAAAUAAACUUUGUAUUGCAAUAAUCUC